AUGGUUAGCGAUCUGCUGUCAUAUGCAAGCUUUUUCAAGAAGGAAAAUGAAAUCAAGUCCUUGGAUUACAAGAAAGUUCAUAGAAAACUUGGGUGGGUGGGGGGAAAGAAUGAAAUCCAAUUAAGCGGGCCUCCUAACCUGAAAGUUUAUGCUGAUCUUUUUGAUGGAUCGACUGUCUACUCUAUCUGGGGUCGUCAUGCAAGACGUGAUCUUAUUUUGAUCUCCAUGCUGCCCCCUGAUGUGAUCACAAUGUUCAUUUACACCUCAGCCGAUUGGGUUACGGGCAUACCGACUGAGUUAACUACCUUUUGGCGUGUUGAAUUGCUAAGUCUGCAAUUCCACAACCGUGCAAAGUUUGGCUUCUUGAAGAUGAUUUCGGUUAUUAAAGCCUGCCGUUAUUUGAAGAGACUUUAUUUGACGUUAAGACUGAACAAGAAAGGCUUGAAUUCUGUGAUCGAUUUGUCUUUUAAAUAUCCGAGGAAAGUGGAAAUUACAGGAUUCUAUACCUCCCACCAAAUCGAGUUUGGCAUUUUAUUUGCUGAGACAUUCUCAUAUCCUGAAGGAGAUGAUCAUCAAGCGACAAAACCAAAUCGAGUUUACCAGCUGAUCAUCAACCGACAAUCAGUUACUCUUCACACAAACCUUGGUGAUAUCAAGUGUGAAAUCGCCUGCGAUGAAGUCCCUAAAGCCUCCGAGAAUUUUUUGGCACUGUGUGGCAGUGGGUAUUAUGAUGGAACCAUAUUUCAUCGAAAUAUCAAAGGGUUUAUGAUUCAAGGUGGAGAUCCGACAGGGACAGGCAAAGGAGGGACCAGUAUUUGGGGCAAGAAGUUCAAUGAUGAGAUUAGGGAGUCUCUCAAGCAUAAUGCAAGGGGUACACUCUCAAUGGCAAAUAGUGGGCCAAAUACUAACGGAAGCCAGUUUUUCAUAACUUAUGCAAAGCAACCCCAUCUCAAUGGAUUGUACACUGUGUUUGGCAAAGUAAUUCAUGGGUUUGAAGUCCUCGAUAUCAUGGAAAAGACUCAAACAGGACCGGGAGAUAGACCUCUUGCAGAGAUAAGGAUCAAUCGUGUGACGAUACAUGCUAACCCACUUGCUGGCUAG